CCACCUGGCCAUGACGCUGCUCUUUCAUCAUCCAUACGACAAGUCAGGUCUAUGUCGUCUAUGCAGCAUCAUCAUAUGCCUCCAAUGUUUCUUGUUCCUCCAGAAAUCCGUCCUCUUUCUUCUUCUUCUUCCGCAAGGCUGCCGUUUCAUUCGAAUUUCUCUACGAGUGCUACAUCUUUAUACUUUCAACACCCGGGGCAGGGAAUGAGCAGCUCCUCAUCGAGUUUGUUUCCUCACCACGAGGGCAACUGGCAAUUCAGGCCAACUGUCCCUCAUAAUAAUAUAGGGAUGGCUUCAACCUCUUCUUCUUCUUAUUCAACUUCCUCUUUCACACAACUGGGUUCCCCCUAUUUUCCUCGUCCGCUUCAUCAUCAGUAUCAUCACGACAUGAAUGUUGCUGGGCCAAGCUUAGAUUUCAGAGUUGUUGAUCCUCCCAGGAGGCCCCAGUCGGGCAUUUGGUUUAUGCUCCAAGCAUCCCAAAAUCAAGAAAAAGAACCGUUCUUGCCACAGAUACCCAAAAGCUACCUAAGAAUCAAGGAUAGAAGGAUGACAAUCCGGUUGAUAAAGAAGUAUCUGGUUAACAAGCUGAGACUGGAUAGCGAAUCAGAGGUAGAGAUAACAUGUAGAGGACAGCAGCUUCUGCCUUUCUUCACGUUGCAGCAUGUAAGAGAUAACAUAUGGAGUCUAAGGGAAGCACCGGCUUUGCUUCCAGACUCCUCAACCACAACCACUGAUCAUGUCAUGGUGCUGCACUAUGCUAGGACGGCCUCCACUUCUGCUUCAAACUGAUCUCACUUUUUUUCUCUCAUCAUUUUAUUUGAUCAUCAUCGGGUCCCAUCCAUGUUUGCAUCAUUGUUUAUUUAAUUAUGUAAACCCCUCCU